AUGGCAUCCCCCAAGGCGGGAUACGGACUACCGACCAAGCCUACCGACGGCUUUCGAAGACGACCCGAAGACUCGAGAAUGCUAAGUGGCAUCCCAAAAUCUACGUCCCGUGGGAACGAAAGAGAAGCCGACACGUCGAGGACAGCAAAGCAGGAUCAAUCACAAUCCCGCGGCGCCAGUCGGGUCCCUCUCCCGUCUGCACCACGCCGUCCCUCUGCUACCCCAAAAUUUGUCCCAAAGCUCGCUUCAGACAGGCAAUCAAAGUCAUGGGGCUCCGCAACUAGCUCUUCUGGCCACUCUCGAUUGGGACAAAAUGCGCCGAGACGGAAGAAUCCUUCUCUAUCACCCGAUGCCGCCAACUUGCUUAGUGAUUCUCCCAAUCCCGGCUCAAAUUCUCCUAAGCGCCAGUCCCAAGUUAUAAUAGACCCGGCACUUGGAAUUCAGCUUGAUCCAGAUGUCAUCAUAAGCCCCAGCAGCAUUUACAACGAAGAGUCAUCGACCCUCUCCAAGCCCGUUGGCCAAUCUCCGGUUAUAUACCCUGAGCUAGAUCGAUAUCGUCAUCACGUUCCAGUGCACAAUGUCUGGAACAGGCAGAUCGCGGACAUGCCUUAUCGCCUUGCUACGCACGACCUACCCCCGCCAACGCCUGGAAGCUUGCUCUUCUCUGCCAACAGCAGCGCCAUCAGCGGCAGUCCUUCGACAGGUUUUUCUGUGUCUCCUGCUCCAGGGCCAUAUAGCCGAGACACCACGCCAACUUCAAUAUCUUCGCAAUCUCCCGGACUUUUUGUCCCUAGUCGUGGUUUUCCCCUGACUAAAACCCGGCAACACAGUCCUGCUCUUACUCGCCCGCCAGUGACUAGGCGAAGAACUGGGAGUAUAUCAAAUGAAGUUGACCUAAUAAGCGUUGACCCUCAUGGUCUAGCUGCAGUUAGAGAAUCACUGACUUCUUCAUCGUCAAGCUCUACAGUCAAAGGGAGCGUGGUUAAUAGAAGAAAAGAGAAAAAGGUUGGAAAAGUUCUAGCAGCACCUCCACAAAGCCCACCUCCCCGGAAAUCUUCGCAGAAGUUCCGUACGAGCCAAGACGAUGAAGAGCUUUCUCCCAGGCAGCGUCUGCAACAGAGAGCUCGGCCCAUGGAGAUGUCGCCCCCAGCAAAAUCCAGUACCUCACCUCGCAGCUAUCAGUCACCAUCGCCACAAGCUAUGCCUCCACGCCGGCCAAGCCGAGAUGGAACUGCUGAUCUCAAGUCUCAGUUGUUCACGCCAAUCCCCGUCAUUCAAAGUAGUUUAGCACUCCGGGCAGCCAAUAUGGAGAGGCGUGAUAGUGACUCUUCAACUCCUCACCCAUCUCAGCCCUCACUUAGCGUGUCUGGUAUUGUCAAGCCAACUGAAACAUCAACAUCGACCUCGACUGCCAAGGCUUCGGGUUCUCGGUUUCCAUUCUUUGGGCGUAAAAAGUCUGCUUCUGAGAGCAUAGCAAAUGAUAGAGAGAAAAAGGACAAGCAGAAAGUGCCGAGAAAGGGUCCAGCGGCUGGCACAGGCCACGAGGGGUACGGGCGCAUUGGUGCUAUUCGACGGCGGAGUGGGAUCAUUCCCAAUCCUCAAUCAUCAAAUGAGAGCCUUGUCAGUGGUGACUCCUUCCUGGCUGAUCGCAUCAAUCCUGUUAUUAUCUCAGGAGGAGCCAUCGUGGAAAAUCGAAACGCCAGCGCCGAGCUCCUCAGGUCAGAGAGCAAUCUGAGUUUAUCAACAAACGAACGCCCAAGCAUUGAUUCGAUAGCAACUUCCACCAUGUCUUCUGCUUCGAGGGAUGUGUCAAGAACAUCUCUCUGGCCUUCGGCCAUCCCUCGUGGACCUCACAAUACUCGGAGGCCAUCUGAUAGCACCGAUACCAGUAGUGCGACCAUGGGAUCUACAUUGGCAUUCCGGCGAUCAAUUCAACGACUCAAGUCGUUUCCGGACAAUCCUCUGCAACUGCCACAGCCGAUAAACACUAGCGGGACAAUCUCAUCGCCAAUGACUAGCUUUGAUACCAGCAUCAUGUCUGAUGAGUCUUCCCUAUUUAAUAUCCAGCAGCGGCCACCCCAGGAGUUGAGCAAUGUCCCGCCAGCACCCAAAAAGCUGCAGAAGAAGCCUCGAUCUCCAAGAAAAUGGAAUCUGUUUGGUAGAUCCAACGCUCAGCCCAAACAGAGACAAACAAGUGAGACAGUUGCAGUCACUAUUCAGCCUGUGGAGAAGAAGCCUGUGGCUUUUUAUACCAUGAUGGACUCGCCUGAACAAGAGCCUGUAGACCUACGGGAACUUCUACGGGAAGCUGACGCCUACUCGCGCUCGCCUGCCAAGAUGGGUACCCCUGAACUGCAGGCAGCUGAAGGGCAGUCUCCCAUCUUAUCGCACUCUGGGAGGCCCAGUCGACUGCCUCAAGUGGGAAGAAUCCCCCAAGUGGUGAGCAACCGUCCCGAGGCGGCCUCCCCUCGUAGCUUCUCACGGCCGUUUGGGCCAAAUCAACCGCUGGCUUUGCAUAUACCUCCCACGCGUGGUUUAGGCAUGAACACCAGGAUGCCUAACUUUUCCAAGCCAUCCACACCCAUCCCGGAUGCAAGCGGCGAAGGCUCAACCACCGACGCAGGGACAGAGUUUUCCUUCUUUAGCGAACCUAGACAGCACAGAUCUCCCGGUCCUCCAACUACACAAGAGUUCUUGGCAUUCUCUCCUCGAAAAAACUCCGACUGUACUUCUUCGACCGAAUCUUGUGUCUACAGCUAUGUAGAAGCGACUGCUGUUAUCCCAAAGCCUGAUGACCCACCUGCAGAAGACGAGGUUUGGGACGAGUAUGAUGAUUUUCUGGGGGAAGAGGCUGUGAAGGAUCGACAAUCGACUACAUCUUCCAAGGGUGUUCCUUUUCAUCUCGAAACAUAUCAGAUGAAGCUAAUGAAGGGAAAGUCUCUCGAGUCUCCAACAAUCGUCACUGAUAGCCGCAAACUUUCAACUCUCUCAGAUGCCCCAACAGCUUCCACUUCUUUUAGUGCUGAUAUGACAGAGAGAAUUCGCAAAGCCUUCCAGCCUCAUCCCAGCCCUACUGUACCCUCGCCGGUGCCAGAGGACGUAGAGCAAUAUCAUGGCGGGCAUUCAAGGAAGCCUAGCGCCGCCGAGACUGCUCGUCACAGUACUGUUUCUUCUCACAGGUCUAUGCAAUCGAGCUCAUCCAACUCUUCAGAUGAAGGAACACCUCUGGCACAGGUCAAUCUUCGUGUAGGAUCUAUGACCGUUAGUAAAUGGCUUACUUUUGGUCAAGUCCUCUUUAGCGAUAUUCGCUAUGGGCUGGUGCGGGGCCAAGAGUCCCUUGAACGCCCUCAAGUCCUCGUUAUCGAUGGGCUCGGUAACGAUGACUGGUCAUUUUACGCUGCGGAAACAUACUCAGCUGCCAGCUUCUUCAACUUAUCCCCACGUGCUCCUUUGCCUGCCGAAGAACAGAGCUCUCCAUCUCGCUAUCCCUUGAGCCCACCCAACCAUCAUCAAGUACAAUAUCUUUCCCAUCUUGAUGAGUUUCCCUUUGAUCCGCAAACUUUCAAUUGCGUUGUUUAUCGGUUCCCAGCUGCUGCCACAGAAGCGCACUAUCAGAACGUCCUUUCUGAAGCCCGUCGUGUGCUCAAGCCGGGCGGAUAUCUUGAACUAUCUAUUCUUGACGCCGACCUCAAUAACAUGGGCAAUCGUGGGCGCCGGGCCAUUCGCCAGCUUAAGGAACGCAUAAACGGAGCGUCUCCAGAAACUAAUCUGGCAUCUACUGCCGAUCUAAUUGUUCGUCUUCUGGGAAAGAGUGGCUUUUCAACGAUCAAAGCUGCGCGUGUCGGUGUUCCGGUGGCCAGCUCAAUCACUUCCUCCGACGAUGGCUCGCAAGGCAAAGGCUCAAUCAAGGCCAAGAAGAAGAAGCCCAAGGAUCAACCCAGCCUUGCAGAAAUGAUGCGAGACCAUAGUUCAAAUGCAGAUGAGGGCAUCACCAAUAUGGUAUCCCGAGUGGGUCGCUGGUGGUACUCUCGAUGCUAUGAGAACGCAGCCAGUCAUGCCUCUGGAAAGAGCAUCUGGAACGAUAAAGCUUUACUCAGGGAAUGUGAGGAUCUGGGCACCAGCCUUAAACUGAUGGUUUGUUGUGCCCGCGCG